CUAUACAGUCUCCCGUAAGGUGUGGUUCCCGGCGUUCUGGUCAGAACUAUGCUCGUCCGGAAUCAACAAGUGCUACUCGAGACUACGCCGGGAAAACACUUGACCUAACCGAACUUAGCGAACACCUUUUUCCAUCCCCCCACGAACCACAAAGAGUAUUCGAAAAAGAAGGAAGAGGGGGGAGGAUCCGCGCAUAGCGUGCCACGGAGUAGGACCGACAGUCAGUGUCCACAAAUCGGCGUGGAUCGACGAUCCGACGGAGAUCGUGUCUCGGUUCGAUCCGAGGAUCAAUCGUCGUCCCGUUUCUUCGCUGCGAUUCAGUUGUCUCUCAUUACCGGGAGACCCGAAAGACGUGUUCGCGUUGUGAUCGUUUCUUGGUGAUCGAUGAAGAGGUGAACUGUUGCUGCGAUCAUCCGCUGGCGUCUAGUGACGCGCAGCGCUCCGAACAGGACCGCCAGGACUCAAGUGCGUACGACGGAGUUCCGCUGCACGUGACUCUUCUCGCGCGAGUUUGUUUAUACAGCAGGUUUUUACGGAUACCAACUACAUCCACGAUGACGAGGGACCACACGAAAGUAACGCUUUUAAUCUCCUUGAGCUUCCUCUCGGCGACUGUACUGGGUUUGCCAAAUGGAGCGCCGCAAAGCGCAUGCAAGGACUUGACGCCCCGUCACCCCGGAGGCUCGAACCAGGAAUCACAUCCUCCGCCUUACCAAGUGCUGCCGGCUGCGGGACAAGGCAGGGUCCGCCUGAUUCUGGGAAGCCCCCAGGGUCUCGCCUAUGAGGGCUUCAUGAUACAGGCGCGCGACGCAGAGAGCGACGAACUCGUCGGGGAAUUCGCGAAUUUGCCUGAAUCAGCGCAAACCAUCGAGUGCACGGACGGUGUGAAGAACACGGUGACUCACACGAACACCAGCAAGAAGCACAAUCUCGAGUUCGAUUGGGAGGCACCGGCGGAUUACGAGGGAACCAUUGUCUUCAAGUCGACUUUCGCGCAGGAUUACAGUACGUACUGGGUCAACGUGGAAUCACCGAGAGUCAACGUUAACAAAAGAUCCAUCGACGUGCUGACCUCCUCCACGCCGAUCACCACGCUCAGAACAACCACGCCGCCCUAUUUCAGCCCGACCGUCGAUCACGAGACGAAAGAAUCGGAAGACUCUAUAUACACCGGAUGUGGCUCCGAAAAGAACUGCUUCGGUUCACCCGCAGGAUGCAUAGAGGCCAAAAACUGCAAGGCAAUGGUCGCGGUGCUGGUUCGUGGCGAGAGAUAUCUCUUCGAAUUGCAAGCACAUGACAGUAAAUAUGUCGCUGUUGGUUUAUCCAACGACAGUUACAUGGGCGACGAUAGCGUGGUUGAGUGCACGAACGAAGACGGAGAAAUAGCAUUACAUAUGUCUUGGAACUCGGGGAAGACCAAUAAGCGGCUGCCCAUGCAGAAUGGCGCAGUUCAGCUGGAGUCGAGCUCCAUCAAGGAUGACGUGAUCGCCUGUAAAUUUUGGAGAGAGAAAACGAUGGUCGUCCAAGGCUGGCAAUAUGACCUCGUCCACACGCCGUACAACCUUCUUAUCGCCGCCGGCAAGAACUUAAGAAGUAACGGCGUCGCUUUCCACGAUACGGAAUACUUAGCGACUGACAGCGCAAAAUUGUUAUCUGACGUGGGUGGUUACACAGCGGCGAAGAACGUUCUGAUUCGGGUGCAUGGCGCCCUGAUGCUGGCUUCGUGGAUCGGCUUCGCGUCGAUCGGUAUUCUCCUAGCAAGAUACUACCGGCAGACUUGGGUCAACUCGCAGUUGUGCGGAAAGGAUCAUUGGUUCGCAUGGCACGCAGUCUUCAUGUUGAUCACCUGGUGGAUGACGAUGGCCGCGUUCGUCAUAAUAUUCGUCGACCUGGGCGAAUGGAGUUCGCAAAAUAUACACGCAUCCCUUGGAUUGGCUACGACGAUCUUAGCGUUCCUGCAACCGUUUAUGGCAGCCAUUAGACCCCCUCCAGGUGCACCUCGAAGACCUAUUUUCAAUUGGGUGCAUUGGUUAUUUGGGAAUGCGGCGCAGAUUUGCGGCAUAAUCGCAAUUUUCUUCGCGGUCCGACUGAAGAAGGCCAAACUCCCAGAAUGGGUCGACUGGAUUCUGGUCGCCUACGUGGUAUUCCAUAUUCUGACUCACCUCAUCCUCACGUUCCUCGGUUGCGCCUCCGACAAACAAGCCAGUCGGAGGGUGAAUUCAUUCCCGAUGAAAGACAUGCACUCCCGCGGCUCGAUGGUCCAUCCGGAUGCCAGACAGGAUGCCCCUUUCUCCGGGAUGCGGAAAGUCAUCUUCGGCGUGUACUUCGUGGUGAUCUUCCUAUUCGCCGCGGCCCUCAUCGUCAUCACGGUCCUGGCGCCCAUUGAGGAGUCCUGGGCCAGCUUUACCAGCACUAUUAAAAAUUAUUAAACGUUGCCAAUGAAGGAUACAGAAUCCGCAGGACAUUACAUCGCCCGAUUGACUAUGAAGCAUCAAGUCUGGACUGAAGCUUUCGGUGUUUCGUGGCAAGUUUCGAACUGUUUUGCACUCUCCAGUGAUUGUCUCCAUGUAAAUCAGCUUGAAUGCAACGUACACUGGCGAAGCGCGCAUUGUCGUUUACGGGACUGUAUCGGAGUGCGAUUCGUAUGAUGAUAUUGUUUGACUACAACGCUGGAAGGAAUUAGCAGAGACGGGGACCAGCACGUAUUAUCAUACAAGUAGUGACGGCAUAGAGAAGUGACGUAAUUUAAUUGUUAAUACGACAAUAGAGUACCUUGAUACACACAUCGCCGCGCGUUUUCUCAUCUCAGACUGACACGGAAUUUCUUGAAAAUCACAUUAACGCAUCCGUCCAUACACUCGCGACUUGCACGGAGUGCAAUCGAACAACACGUUCGUUGUUCGUUUAAUCGAGACCAGGAAAAGGCAUUAUAGAUCGUCUAGAACCCUUCGAAGACAUCCGUUCAUAUAAGGUGCUUUAAUAUUUAAGUUCGUGUUCAUUGAUAGUAUAUAUGUUCACAGAAAAAAAUAUAUAUAUAUGUAUUUAUGAUAAAAUUUACAGUAUUAGAUUUUAUAAUGUAUUUUUGAUUUUUACACCUGUCUAGGUUAAUUUUUACUGCGAUCGGUAUUAGCCUGCGCGCUCUUGACGUUACGAGACCGUGUCAGGCUGACCGAUAGCGUAGCGUUGUUCGUGUAUGUUAUUGACAUUGUUAAUA